AUGAUCGGAAGACCUCCAAGAAAUAGAAAUGAAAAAUAGUAAAAUCCUUAAAUGACUGAAUAUUAAUUGAAAAUGGAACUAUAGAUGCAAGCAGAUAAUAAAAAAAAAGAAUUAAGAAUGUAGUAACUUUAAGAGAAAGAAUAAAAUUUAAAAUAAUUAGAAUAUGCAGGACAAAAUGUUGAAUCAUAUAGAAAUAAAAAAUAUACGGAAAAUUAGGAUGUCAUUCCAUAAUAAUCUAAAGCUGAACAAGAGCGUGCUGCUAGAAUUAAAUUGAGGGAAGAAGAAAGAUUGAGAAGAAAGAAUGGUUUAGGGAGUGCUUAUGAGUAAGAAAAACAAAGAUUACCUAUCUAAUUAGAAUAAAAGCUUUUACAAAAUUUGAAUCAAAUCAAUAAUAAUAAUUAAAAUACAGACUGGUUAGAUAAAUAAUAAGUUGUUUCAUAUUAAAAUCAACAUCAUUUAAAUAAUCAUCAUUAACAAUAACCUCUAGCUAAUUAUUAUCCUGAUCAACUCCAUAGUGCAAGAUCAAUGCAGUAAUCCUAAAAUUAUAAUUAAAUUAAAAAUGAUUCAUAUAAAUAACCAGAAAAACCAAAAUAUGAAUAUUCAUAAAUGAAUAAUAAUAGUAAUUAUUAGAAGAAUAAAAUUAAUGAUAUAGCAGAGUAAGAAAGGGAAAAAAAAAGAAAAUAUAAGGAAUAAUUGGAUAUGUAGAUCAGUUAAAAAGUAUAAUCAAAUUAACAAUAAAUACAAAACUAAUAAACAGUUCAAUAAUAUUAAUAACAGUAAUAAUACCCUUUGUAAUAAUAACAAUAAUAAUUGUUAUAAGAAUAAAAACUUCAUCCAAAAUAAAGUUAAAGAUAACCUUAGAUUGAAGUAGAUUUUUUUUCGAAAUUUGGAUAGCCAUAAUCUUAAUAAGGCUGGAAAUAAUAGUAAUCUUAAAAUUAAGAUAAUGCUGCAAUAUAAAGAAUCAAAUAUAGAGAGGAACUUGAUCGUUAAAUUUAGGAAAAAAAAAAUAGAGAGAUGGAAUAAUAAUAAUUAAAAAAUCAAUCGGAUUUUGCUAAAAGGCCAAUUAGUAAUCCAACAAAUGUUUUUGAAUACCCAUAAGAUUAUGAUUAUAAAAAUAAUCAACCUCCUUAAUCUCCUAAUUAGUAUUAGCCACCACAAUCUGCACCAGCUGAUGAUUAAUUAAAAGGAAGAUAUUUAUAGAGAAGAUUCACAAGUGGAUAACCAGAAGAUCCAUAAAGACAAGCCUAAAAGGAAUAAUAUGCUGAAGAAUUAAAAAGAUAAAUGGAGGAAAAAAAAAGAAAGAAAAAAGAAGAAGAAGAGGAUAAUCGAAGAAGGGAUGAAUAAGAAUAAUAAUAAUUUUAGUAAUAAUUAUUACUUGAAAAAAAAAGACAGUAAGAAUAAGCAAAAUAAAAAUAUACUGAAUAAAUUGAUUAACCUCUUUAAAAUGUUUAACCAAAAGAAAUAGUAAAAAGAGCUAAAUAAAAUAAUUAACAUGAGCUACCUUAACAAUAGGAUAUUAUUAAGAAGUCAGCUCUAUAAAUUCUAUCUCCAGAGAGCGAUUUAAAAAGGGAAUAAUUAUUAACUUUGUAAGAUCAAAGGUAUGAAUCGCCAUAAUAAUACAUAUAAUAGUAAUAGCCUCAAUAAUUAUAAUAUUCUCAAUAAUAAUUACCUAUUUAGUAAUCACCUUAUUAAAAAAAUUAAUAUCAACCUCCUAUUUCUCCAUAAUAGAAUGUUUAAAAUCAAUUUCAUUUAUAAGAUAAUUUAUAAUAAUAUCAAUAAGUGCUUUUUAAUGACUAAAACAAUCAUCAUCCGUAAACUAUCAUGGUUCAUUAGUAAUAUUUGAUGGAACUUUAAUAAAAUAUAUAAGAAAUUGAUUUAGUCAGAUAAAUAUUAGAAGAAAAAUUGAGAUUAUAAUAAAUAGAAAUGUAGAAUUAAUAAUUAAUAGAUUAGUAUCAAAGAAAAGUCAUAGAUAUUUAAAAGGAAUAAUAAUUAUUUGAGUAAGAAAUAAUCAAAUUGUAAGAUUUUAUUCAAGGCAAAUAAAAGCGACCAUUGGAUCCAACAGUUUUUGCAUCAAGUGUAUUUUUUAAUUUACUUGGGAAAAAAGAAAAUCUAUUUUUAUCACCUCAUUAAUAAUAGCUAGCAAACAUUUAGCCAUUGAAAAUAUCUCCAUUGUAAUCACCAACAGCUAAUUCAUAAGUUCAAUAAUUUUUCAUUUAAUAUUAAGAAAUAAAUCCUUAAGUUCUUGGAAAAAAUUUAUAACCAUACUAACAUCCAAAAUAAUAACUAAAUUAAUAACAAUAUUAAUAACCAUAGUAAUAAUAAUAAUAGUAAUAAUAAUAACAACAACAAUAAUAAUAAUAGUAAUAAUAAUAAUAUAUAUAGCAAUAAAUAUAUAAGCAAGGAAUAACAGAAUCUAUGAUUGAUAAUGAUGUUGAAUUACCAGGAGAGUCUGAAUAUGUAAAUUAUACGGAAGAAUAAUUGGGGAAAAGUUUUAUGCCAGAAUUAAGAGAAUUAAAAUAAAAAACUGAAUAAUCUAAAAAUUAAAAAUUAACAGACAAUGUAAUAACAUAAUAAUCAUAAUAAUUUAAGACGCUUUAAUCAUAAAACUUUUCUAAUAAUGACUUUUAAUUAAAUCAAUAAUAAAAAUCAUCAAUCACUGAUGAAAGUUGUGAAUUACCUACAAAUGCAGUUUAGUAAUCGAUUCCUCCAGAGUUAAGUAGAGUUUAAGCAAAUUAGAGAGAGUAAGACAAUUUUUAGGAUGAUGAGUUUGAGGAAUCAGAUCAAAAUUCAGAUGAAGAAAUUAAUGAAUAAAAUGAUUUUGAACCUGAAGAGGAAGUAGUAAAUGAAGAAGGGAUUGAUAACCCAUUUCAUUAAUAAGAUUAGUAAGGUGAUGAAAAUGAGGAUUCAGAUAAAGAGUAAUAUGAUGUUGAAAUACCAAAUCCGUAGAAUUAUGAUUUAAACACGUUAAAAACAUAAGAAUAUUAUGCCAUGUUUAUUGAGAAUAUAAAACCCUAAUCAAGAUAAUAAGAAUUAAAAUUCCCAACUAAAUUGUUAUAAUAAAAUACUUUAUAAUUGAAUAAUAAUGAUACUAAUGAACAAUCAAGUAUGUGCGAACAUAGUGAAAUAAUAGAAAGUUAAUUAAAACAAAAUAGUGAUAAAUAAGGAGAUGCUGAAGAAGUUUAAAUGACUCAAGCUUAAUUUUUAGUGUAUUAAUAAUCUAUGGCAAUACCAGAGGAUGAAGAACCUUCACAACCAUCUGUGUCAUAAAAAACACUGAAAAAUUUAAGUAGAAAAUAUCAAAAACCAAAAAUUGUUGAUAUUUUUAAAAAUGAACCACAAAAAAAUUAAAAUCCAUAAUCUCAAACGUAAAUUCUCCAACUUUAAGAAUAAUCAAGAUUCACAAAUUAAUAAAUCCCAGAUUAAUCUAGAUGUACAAAUUUAUAGAUACCUGAUUAGUCAAGCUGUACUAAUUAAAAUCCUAUAGCUUCUCAAACUUUUUUAUAUUAACCUAGAGUUGAAUUAGUUAAAUCUAGAUUAGAAAAUCUAUUUUAACACACGAAUGAAUUAAUGGCGGAUCUACCAAAAGUAAAAGUUGAAAAGAUUGUAGCUAUUGAUGAUGAGAUAAUCAAAUCAUAUAAAAUUGAAGAGAAUUCUUAAUGGUAGUAACAAUAAGAGUUGUUUGCAUAUGAACAAAGCCAUAAUUGAAAUUAAUUAAAAAUAUAUAUAUAUU